AUGAUAGAAAAAGUUUUAUGGUAUUGCUUGUCACAACCGGAGUCAGGUGACAACACCCAAUAUAUCACAACUAUAAGAUCCGGAAUACAGGCACUAUCUAAUUUUAUAACGGGGAACAAAUUAAUUCAAGAAUUUGUUUGGUCUGAUUUUAUGUGUAGAAAUGAAUCCAAUGAUCUUUUAAGCAAACUUGCUGGUCACAAUGAUAGCACUGUUUUGACUGGCUGCCUGGUUUUAAUCCACAAUUGCAUAUUUGAAAGCGAAUCUCGCAGGUAUUUUUUCGAUGAUCGAUUCAAUGAAAUAUUUCAAGGAUAUGCGAUAUUCGACAGAGCCGAGACGCUCCUUGAGGAUGAAAGUACACAGAACUUUGAGCUAAUAUAUGCUAUUUUCGCUCGAAUAACAGAGUCUGAUCUUUUUCCAUUAUUAUUUGAUUCAUUGAACUUAUCAUCAUCAGGGCAAUCGUUAACAAGACGUCAAAUCACUCUCCUCAAACUCCUUGAUUCCAACCUUUUUUCUUCAGAUUCUAUAGACAUUUCUCUUCCUACAUGCAUUUAUCUUUUACAAAUUUUCGAUACAAUAUGUCCGCAGGUGAUUUUUUCAAUGCAACAAGUCGGUAUCAUCGAUCGAGAAAAUCAACCACAAGUAGUUGAAGAUACCGUUAUAUUAUAUACUGGAUUAGUAUUAUUAUUACAAUGUUUUGGAAAAUUAAGUCAAGAUGAAAACGAUAAAAUACGAGAAUGCCUAUUUAAGGGGGGAAUAAUCGCAUCAACUCUUUUGGAUCAAGCUGAUAAAACAUUUCCACGUGCAACCAAAGCUAUGUUGUCGCCUUUACAACAAGGAAUCUCGGAAUUCGCAUAUAUAAAAAGAGAUAUUAUUAAAGUGAUUGGAAACAUGGCAUAUAAUAAUAGCUUCGUUCAAGAUGAGGUGCGCAGGUUAGGAGGCAUUCCAUUAAUUCUGAACCAAUGCAAUAUUGAUGAUAAUAAUCCAUAUAUUCGUGAACACGCUAUAUUCGCACUUCGUAAUUUGUUGAUCAACAAUUCUGAAAACCAAAAACUUGUUAAAGAACUUGAACCAAUUGCACCAGUUCAAACUGAUGUUUUAAGUGAGAUCGGCAUUAGAGCUGAAUUAGAAGAUGGUGGUAAAAUAAAGUUAACAACUGAUUCCAAUAAAAUGUAA